AAAAUGAAAAUGUAGGGUUAGAUGAAUGAUAGAUUUGUUUUUAUAACAAAGACUUUACGACACUUAUUUUACUACAAGUCAGGCCAAUAGGAAGAACAGAUUGGUCUAAUCAAGAAUCAAAUAUGAAUUCGUGUCAAUUAAUAGUGCUUUUCUUAACCACAAGUUGCCUACAAUUAGUAAAAUGUGAUCCACAUCAUCCCCACCUUUACAAUAAAGAUUCCAAGCCCGCAAAUAUGACUGAACUCUGCAAGAGACACCAAUGGUUUCUGGAAACAAAUCAUAUCCGUCAUUUAUAUGAGUUGAAAUACCGAACAUGUAUGUCUCAGAUAGCGCUGGAUAAAUACAAGAAACGUGAAGAAGACUGUUAUAAAGCUAUGGAUCCGAAAGACAUUGGCUAUUGUUUGGCUCCGGAAAAUUAUAAGGACAACUUUAAUCAACUGAAGAAAUGCCUUAAUGAGACUAAACUUGACGAGGAGGAAUCCAAACAAUUGAAGGAAUGCAUGGGAUACAGAGGGAAAAAGUCGAAGAGAAAACGAGAUCUUCAUUGGUUAACUACCGAAAUGGCCAAUUUAACUCAACUUUGUGGUCUAACAAUGAUUAAUUAUUAUCUCAACCAUCCAUCACACAAUGAAGCUCAUCAUACAUGCACAGUUGAAAUCAUUGGUGCUGAACGUGUUGCUAAACGUAUGUCUUGUCACUCCAAAUAUCCGAUUAAAAGCUACGAUGAUUUCAAAGAUAAAUGUGUAAAGCCUGAAGAACAUAAGGCAGAUUUCGAGGCCGCGGCUGAGUGUUUUGACCAGAACAAAAUAAGUGAGCAAGAAAAAGAAGACAUAAUGAUAUGUACUUUUGAAGCUUUGGGAAAACUGGACAAAGCGUAUCUUGCACAAGCUCUGAUUUACAAGCCAUUCAAGGAUCUCGAUGAGUUCUGCAUUAAAUCUAGAAAUUACUGGCAUGAUGAAGAUGAAAUCUAUAAAGAUAGAUUUGAAGCUUGUUCCAUGAAAAUUAAUCCAAAUAAAACGGAGGUUCGAUGGGUUUGCGAGACCUUUGAUAUAUUUGAUCAAAAUUCCGUGGAAAAAUGCAUUGAAAAGCAAGACGGCGAAUUCAAAGAGAUGAUGACCUGUUUGGCAAAUAAUGAAUAUACAAAAGAAGAAGAGGAAAACAUUAAAGUUUGCCUAACUGACUCUCAAAUUGAAUGGAAAGGAGUUCCUAAAAUGCCCAAUAGCUUGGAGGAAUCUUGUGAUUACAUAUACUUCCGAUGGUUUGGCUUCAAUCCAGUUUAUUAUCGGUUUGUCGAUCAAUGCAUGAAGGAAAAAUGGACACCAGACGAGUACACUAAUUUUGAAUGCGCCAACAUAUUAACAAUCAAGACCAGCGAUGAAAUUGAAAAUGCUUGUAAAAGUCCAAGUAAAGAGCAGAAGGAUGCAUAUCUUAAGUUCCGAGAAUGUCGAGAGAAAAAUGAACCACCUUUGGAAAGGAUAAAAAGUGCUUUUGAGUGUUCAAUAGCAAAAAUGAUUGAACAUGUGACUGAACUUAAAAAAGCUGAAGCUGGUGAAAUUGAAGCAACAACAGUUUGACUUGCUUGAUAACUCUUUGGUACAUUUAUCAGUGACUUUGGUCCAGCUUCCUAUGACUAAUCAUUUCAUUAUGUUUCAUUUAACCAAAUGUUUAGUUCAAUCUGUUGAGUUGUCUGUCCAUUCAAUUGAAAUAAAAUUAAUCUAUAAUAUGUAAUGAUUAAUCAAUUCGUAAUGUUUGUACGAGUCAAAAUUCAAGAAUCGAGACAUUUUACCAAAAAUUGUACUAAACAACGAAUAAUAAUAAAAUAUUUUUGAGCAGUAAA